AUGAGUCUCACGGCGUUCAUCCCCCGUGACCCUCUUCAUCUCAUCUCCCUCUCUCUUGGUGUCGUUGGCCUCUUCCUUGCUACCAUCUUCGUGUUAGCAUUGAGGCCAAAGGGCAAGAAUGGCGAAGUAAGCACUUUGCAAGCCUACCUCAAGUUCGCUUGGGUGUGUUUCUUCAAGCCACACACUGGUGAUAAAUCUGGAAGCCAACAGGAUGCUUUGGAGAGCUUCUACAACGCUCAGGCUGAUGUCUACGAUGCUACUCGCGCACGGCUUCUCCGUGGUCGCGAGGACAUGUUGGGACUCGCAGCUUCUCAGCUUAAACACCGCGCUGAAGAGGGCUUGAUCUCUCAGCGACCCGUCUGGGUUGACAUUGGUGGUGGAACUGGUCACAAUGUUGAACAGAUGGGCAAAUUCCUUUCUGUUCCUGAUUUUUUCCGCUCAGUUUACGUCGUCGACUUCUCCCCAAGCCUGUGCGAGAUGGCUCGUCAGCGCUUUGAACGACUUGGCUGGAAAAAUGUCAAGGUCGUUUGUCAAGAUGCUCGUGCUUUCCGUCUGCAUGAACACGAGAAGGAGGCCUUCCAACGUAAGGAGAACAACCUCAAGGGCCAGAAUGUCCGUGAUCUCGAUGAGAACGCGGAUGCUGGAGGUGCUGAGCUCGUAACCAUGAGCUAUGCCCUAUCCAUGAUUCCCGAGUUCUACCCUGUGAUCGACUCUAUCUCUUCUCUCGUUUCUCCUAAUGGUAUCAUUGGUGUCGUCGAUUUCUACGUCCAGAACCAGAUUGAUUACCAAAGCCGCAACUACACGGGCGGUGUCAUUGACCGACACUGCAUGUGGAUCUCGAGGGUUUUCUGGCGCACAUGGUUCGAGAUUGACCGUGUUAAUCUUGAGCCAGCUCGUCGGGAUUACUUGGAGUACCGCUUCGGUACUGUGCUCAGCGUGAAUGCUCGCAACAGCAUGUUUGGUGUUCACAUUCCAUACUACAUCUGGAUUGGUUGCUCAAAAGACCACGGUGCUUCUACCCAAAAGCUUGCUGAGAUCGAUGCUGCUGCGACCGAGUCACCAUACCUUUCUGCUCUUGAUCUUCAGACUGGCGUGACUGAUGUGGAAGUUCGUUCCAAAGCCUAUGAGUCGGCUAUUGUCAACUUGCAAUCAAGCCUCCCGCUACCUGCUACAUGGUAUCAAAACCAUCACUGGCGAAUCUACUACGAUCAUCAGCUCCCCAAGCACACUCGCUUCAACAACAGCUAUAUCUACGCUUUCACCUGGGAGGACGACCAAGCUGAUGCACGCCUCCUCAAGGUACGCGCAGACGAUGUCGUUCUUGCCAUCGGCUCUGCUGGUGACAACAUCUUGUCCUUCUGCCUUGAAGCUCCUCGCCGAGUUCAUGCUGUCGAUUUGAACCCAUCUCAGAACCAUCUACUCGAACUCAAGGUUGCCGCUUUCUCUGCACUUCCCUAUUCCGAUGUCUGGAAGAUGUUCGGUGAGGGCCAUCACCCCGAGUUCCGCAAUCUCCUUGUCAACAAGCUCAGCCCACACAUGUCGAGUCUUGCUUUCCAAUUUUGGCUGCAAAACGGUCCCGAUGUUUUCGGGAACAAAUCUAAGGGACUUUACUACACUGGAGGUUCUGGCAACGCUCUCACUCUUAUCGGUUGGCUCUUCCGCGUCCUCGGAAUGGGCGAUGAGGUGAAGAAAUUAUGCGCCGCACAAACCCUUGCUGAGCAGCGCGAGAUCUGGCAACGCAGUAUCAAAUCCGUUCUCCACUCCAAGCUCCUUACAUGGGUCGUCCUAGGCAACGAGAAGUGGCUCUGGAAAGCCCUCGGCGUGCCACCAGCACAGCGCAACAUGAUUGAGGAAGACUACAAGAAGGCCGUCAAGACAGGAGCCACUCAGACCAGCGGCUCCGGACACGCCAUCUACGAAUACGUCCUCAACACCUUCGAGCCCGUCGUCAACACCACCCUCCUCAGCACCUCAAACCACUACUACCUCCUCUCUCUCCUCGGCAAAUACACUCCUACAUCCCACCCAACCUACCUCUCCCCCAAAUCCCACGUCAAGCUCAGCAAGUCAUCCGCCUUCAACGGCCUCCGCAUCCACACCGACGAAAUCAGCGAGGUCAUCUCCCGCAUGCGUCCCAGCACACUGACCAUCGUCGUUGUGAUGGACAGCAUGGACUGGUUCCCGCCAGAGGGCAAGCAGGCCAUCCGACAGAUCCAGGCGCUCAACCGUGCGCUGAAGGUCAGGGGCCGAGUGAUGCUUAGGAGUGCCGGCCUGGAGCCGUGGUACGUCAAGGUGUUUGAGAGCGAGGGCUUCAGCUGCAAGAGGGUUGCUGCGAGAAUCCCAGGUUCCUGCAUCGAUCGGGUGAACAUGUAUGCCUCUACCUGGAUCUGCACCAAGGAGCAGGGCACCGAAUCGGAGGAGAUCAAGGACCGACUGAGGAAGAGUUCGCUGGCUGGACUCAGCCUCGGCGAUCCUGCCAUGUCAUAG